AUGCCUUUACAAAUACAUGGUGGCAGAUUAGCGUACGACGAAGAGUAUUGCGGUUCUUGUUAUGGUGCUGAUGGCAAUUGUUAUAAUUCUUGUGAAGAAGUUCAAGAAGCGUAUAACAAAAAGGAAUGGGCGUUGCCGGAGAACUUGGACUUGUUUGAUCAGUGUCAAAGAGAAGGGUAUGUUCAGAGGGUAAAGGAUGAAGAAGGUGAAGGAUGCAAUAUUCAUGGAUCUCUUCAAAUUAAUAAGGUUGCUGGAGAUUUUCAUUUUGCGAUUGGGAAAAGUAUUCUUAACCAUUCAACUUCUUCAUUUCUUGUUGAUUUGCUUGCUUUACGAGAUAAUAAUCAUUUGGGAAAAGGGCAUUCUGAUGAUAAUAAUAAUAAUAAUAAUGGUGAUGUUGUGAGAGGCUUAACUGGCCAGCCUGCUGUGGAUUUUGAGCACUAUGCUGGCUAUGUUACUGUGAAUGAAACCAAUGGAAGAGCACUCUUUUACUGGUUCUUUGAGGCCAUUACCAACCCAGAUGAUAAGCCUUUGGUCCUAUGGCUUAAUGGAGGACCUGGAUGUUCUUUUGUGGGAUAUGGAGCAACACAAGAGAUUGGUCCAUUUUUAGUGGACUCUGAUGGGCAGGGACUCAAAUUUAAUAACUUGUCUUGGAACCAAGAAGCCAACAUCUUAUUCCUGGAAUCUCCUGUUGGAGUUGGCUUUUCCUACUCAAACACAACUAGUAAUUAUGAUCAAUUGGGUGAUCAAAUGACAGCUAAUGAUGCUUACACUUUUCUCCACAACUGGUUCCUCAAGUUCCCAUCAUAUAGAACAAGGACUUUUUACAUAGCAGGGGAGAGUUAUGCAGGUAUUUAUUCUAUAUAUUCAUUCAUUCCUGCAUCUUAGUUAUUUGUUAAGCAUCUAUGUGGAGCCAACAAUUCUUUUCUUGCUUUAUUCACUCUCAAUUUACCCCUCUGUUAUAUAUUUUGUUUCUAUUUUUUGUCUUUUUAAUAUAUCAUGCCUCGGCAAUGUUAGCAGUAUGAAUUGUGAUCUUAAGCAGGAGCUUGACAAGUUGAGGAAAAGGUUCGAGUUGACAGAAGCAGAGAAUGUUUAUCUGAACAAGUCGAUUGAGAGAAUGGACAAAGAGUUGCAUGAAGCCAAAGACACAAGUUUCUAUUGAAGUCAUCAAAUUGAAAACUCAGAAAAUCUGGUUAAGAAGAAAGAAGUAGAACUGUUAGCAAUGGAGAAAAGGCUAAAGGCAUCAGAGACAUUAAACACCGAGUUCUGCAGAGCUAUUGAGGAGCUGAAGAUGGAACAAGAAGAAUCAAGAAUGAUCAAAGAAGAUAUGGACAAAAAGGUGUGAGGAUUAUGCAAUUUGCUUUUUGCUUUCAACCAGAAUGGCAUCACACAAUUACAUGGCAAGUGCCAAAUCUGUAUCUCUUUAUUGUAUAAGUUCAGGAGUUUCUCAAUUU